GGACCGUUUUUACAAGCUGAUGCCUUACGAUCAACAGAAUAACCAGGUUAUGUAUGGCAACCUUUACACGCUAUCUUACAUCACCGACUCUUUAAGACAUUAACUCAAAGCUCAUAGAAAUUCAUAAAUCUUUUGUGAUGAAGAACGAUGAGUUCAUAUCACAACUCAUUCUACUGCAACAGCAAAACCAACAACUGCAGGCUCGACAAUCUCCGAUGCAUCAUAAUCGCAGCAGUCCAAGAUCGUCACCUUCUCGCAAUAGAAUCUCCGAUUAUUACCAAAGUUUUGGCAGCGAAGCAAAACGCUGCCUUUUACAUUGUAAAUUCGCUUCAAUGACAACCUGACAACAAUCAGGAAAACUAACGUUGCUGUCUUUAUUAAGAACAGUGAAAGACAACAAUUCCAAACUAGAAGAGCUACACUACCAAACAGAAAUUCUUGAUUGACUCUAGUUCCGUCGAUUCCAUAAUAUCUGCAAAAAAGCUUCGUAAAAAUAUAAAUACCAACUCACACUUUAUGUUGCAAAUUCAUUACAUAUAUACGGCACUAAAAUCAUCAACCUAGAUUUAAAUCUCCGCAGAGAUUUCCGCUAGUCUUUUAUCAUCGCAGACGUAUAAAUAGCAAUCAUCGGAACUGAUUUCUUAAUUCACUACAACUUAUUGAUUGAUUUAAAGUACCAACAAUUGAUAGAUUCAGUUUCUCAUCUCGUCAAAAGGAAAUGCAAUGAAAGCACAGCAUUACUGCAUCUCAUCUAUAAGUUCAGAUUUGCCUACUGAGUAUGCUGAAUUUUUAAAACAAUUCAUUGAGAUUACUUGGUCGAUUAGCAAGCUAUGCUUAAAUUUAAAAGCACGUCCAUUUAUGCACAAAAUUAUUACGCAUGGUCCUGCACGAGCACUUAUAGUCACUGCACGAGCACGUGAACUAGCAGGUGAAAAGGCAGCGGCGGCAAAAACUCAAAUUAGAGAACUUCUGAACUCCGGAAUCAUUAAAUCCUCCAGCAGAAUGUACGCCAAUUUUAUUCAUAUGAUACGAAAGAAAGACAAUAGCUGGAGAACGUGCGAAAGCAUUACAGCAAAAUCGACUGCGAAAAAGCAUAUCUACAACUAUUUGUGCACGUGGACAUCAUUGAAAAACAGCCAUCAUAACACCUUUGAUUAUGUACUUAGGUAUGCCUUUUUGUCUGAAAAACCCCACUCAGUCGUACCAACGAUUUAUGGACGCAUUUUUCAGAGAUCUGGACUUCAUCUUCGUCUACGUGGAUGGCAUUCUGGUAUUCUCGAACAAUGAAGAUUAAUAUCUGGAACACACACAUUAAACGCUUAAAAGACAACAACCUUAUUAUCAAUCUCAAAAACUACCUGUUCAACCAAACGGAAAUAAACUUCCUGGGUUAUACCAUUAAUGAACAUAGUUACAUUCCAACGUGCGAACGAAUUGAUGCCAUUAAAAGAUAUCAGAAACCUAAAACUAUCGCUGAACUUCGCAGAUUUCUUGGCAUGAUCAACUAUCAUUGUUGUAUACUUCAGGCAGUUCAGAUCAUGUUGCCUCUCAAUAGUUACCUUAAAGUGUCAAUAAAAAAUGAUAUAACCAAGAUCGCAGGAGUUCCUGAAAACAAUAAGGCAUUUGAAAUAUGCAAAAAUACUUGCAAUAAUCACAUUGCUCGCUUUUUCGUUUUCUAACAAACCAUUGACUCUUUCAACCGACGCAUUCGCAACUGCUAUCGGAGCUAAACUAGAACAGCUAGAAGAUGAUAUCCAAAAACCUAUAGGGUUUUUCUCUACAUAACUGAGCCAGACGGAACAGAAAUACAGCACAUACGAUCGUGAACUUCUUGCUGUUUUGCAGCAGUCAAAUUUUUGCAUCACUUGCUUGAUUUCCGUCAAUUUGUCAACAAAACGGACAACAAACCACUUACUUUUGUCUUCAACCAAAAACUGGACCAAACAUCGGAACGUCAACUACUAUAGCUCGAAUACAUUUCACAAUUUUUCACUGACUUAGUCUAUAUGAAGAGUGAUGAUAACAUAGUUGCAGAUACACUAUCCUGCAUUAAUACUAUAAACAUGCCAUCCAUUCUCACAUCUCUUGAAAUCCAACAAGCACAACUGAACAACAAUGAUCUAGCUGAUCUGAUUAGAGACACAAUUUCAUUGAAAUUACGAAAACUCACACUAGAACCAGGAAUGAACAUCUAUUGUGACAUUUUAUCAAGAUUCAUCAGACUAUUCUUACCAGAACCAUUACGCAAAACAGUUUUCAAAGUCAUUUAUAAUCUUUCACAUUAUAGCGACUGGAGCACAUCUCUAAAUUUAUGCGAAAAAUACAUUUGGCCCGAUCCUUAAGGACGCACUCAAAUGGUCUAGAGAAUAUCUUGCUUGCAAAGAGCAAAAAUUCACCAUCACAAUAAGAUCAAGCCAAUCCACAUAGACUUAUUUGAUAACCGCUUUAAUCAUAAUCACUUGGACAUCAUUUUUCUACUGAAGGUCAAACGCUACUAAUGCUUGGUUACUGCUUAACCCUUUCGCGACGGCGCACCUGUACCAUAUUUUGUUGUCUUCCGCGAAAGCGCAGUAACACUUUUUCAGUUACUUUGUAGUGAUCUCUACUCAUUAUUCUGCAAAAAAUGUCACUUCGCAAUGAUUUAUUUUUGCUCCAAUAUUCAUCAAUUGAUAAUUUCUUCUCUCUAGACAUUAGUAAGCAAACAGCGAUAAAACAGUACAGUUCGUCUGUCUUUGUCCCAGGUUCAGGAUUACUAUUAUCUCUUCGUCUCCAAUGAUUAGUUGUUUUUUUCAACAAUGAAAUCUAUCAGAUGCGAAUGAUUUGAAAAAUCGCGAAAUUUUCCAAGAAUCAGAUAUGUCUGUUUGAAUUCCCGAUUGUUGUCUUGUAAAAUCAUGAAUGGUGAGCCCACAAUUU